GGAGGACACCAAUAUUCACAGCAGGCAUACCAACCCCAAUUGGACAUGAACCAUCACGCAGAUUACGCUGGAAAUGCAGUAUCACCACCACUAGGACAGCAACAGCAACAGCAACAGGCUUAUUACUACCCUCAGGAUGGUGGCUAUGUUCACCAGGAAGAUUAUGGACGUCAAGAUGGCUAUGGUCACCAGGAUGGUUACGCAAGACAGGAUGGUUACGCACAUCAGGAUGGUGGCUACUACGAUGAUUCCAACUAUUAUUAUGAUGGAUCCAAUGUAGCAGGAGGAAAUGCUGGUUAUGACAUGCACGGUCAGCAAAUGCCUAUGCAGAACAUGCCAGUCCAAACAUCCCUCCCAACUGGUCAACAAGCAGGUAUAAUUCCUCCUGUUCAACCAUACACUGGUGACUAUUACAAGCCAGAUACAGUUGAUGGAAAGCCUCACCAGGUUUAAUUAUACUUUCCUGAACUACUCUGUAUUUUAAAGAAACCCUUUCCUUUAUUCUUAUCUUUACUUUUCUUACAUAUAUAUUUAGUAUAUAACAAAAACGAUACUCAACUUACUUACUUACUAGCUAGUUAACUUAUUUACUUAUCUUACUCAUUUGUUUUUUUUUCUUUAUAUUAUAUUACAUAUUAUAUUCUAUUAUAUUAUAUUUUACAGCUCUAUCCUACCUUAGACAUCCACGUUUUUUAUAGACAAUAAAAGAAUACGCGAAAGUCAACUAAACUUAAUUAAACC